AUGACUGACCUCACCAAGAUCCCAAUUGCUCUUGUGGGCUCUCACUCCGGCACCUUUGUGAAAGCCUUACGCGCUAGCAAUUUCGACGUCCAGCAAGUCGACUCCGUCCCCGACCCCAAGAAGAAAGGCACGCAUAUUGCGGUUCUUGCCAUCGCAGGCGAGGAUCACAACCUCUCCGAAGGAGAAAUCGACCAAUGGAUGCGAUCCAAGACAGUUCUCGCUUUCUUUGCGCCCAGUCGCGCGUUCUUGGAGACUAUCCACAAGGUCACCAAGACGCCCAUCGAUAUCCCAAGUCUGGAGGUGCCCAAAGGGCUGCCUCUCCUGGUGUACACGGUGAACGACCUGGUUCAUAUUGCCCCGAACAACGUUCCUAGCAAAGCCAAGGUCCAGGAGAUAGCGCGGAAUGCUGUGGGCAAAGACGCAAAGCUGCCUGAAAAGGGAUCCUUCUCAGUGUCUUUGGCAGCCGUUGAACCUGACGAGCAAGCAAUAACGUCCAUCUCGUACGCUGUGGCCACAGUACAGAGCAUGAAACCCAUGGCGUCUGUGCUUGAUCCGCCUAGCGGGGUCAUUGGUUUCAAAAAGGGCGUCCUCGAUAAUACCGCACGUAUUUCGAUCACUUGGCUAGCCUGGCGUUCGGACGGCCAAUACGGUGUCGAGACUUCCGAUCCGUCCUUGAUUCAGAAGUAUGACUUGAACUGGUACACGGACUUUUACGCAUACGCCACGGGGGUCGACUGCAGGGGCAUGAGUUCGUCUGAGUUUACCGGUGCAGGGGGUGUCGUCUAUACUGUGGCCAUCGACCGCGGCAGCCUGCUGCGUUCCUCCAACGGUGCCCCGCGAUAUCUCGGUCCCACCAGCGGGUACUGUGGAUACUACUUCGUCGAUUGGAACCAGACAGGGAGCCACGCCGACCCUUCGAUGAAACUAGUGUCAUACCAACCGCGCGGCGUGGUUUCGCAGUCUGGUACCACCUAUAGCUAUUCUAUCGACUUCGAGCAAGACAUGCAGAUGUUCAAUAACAACGGGAACGAGCAAUACACAUUUAGUGCUCAAUACUCGACCGACUUUAGCUUGGACAGGUUCCAAUUACACGGGCUACAGGAUUCCACGGGGGUCGAUUACUCCGUCGACUACAAGGAUUAUUAUGACCAUUGGUCUGAUCCAAACUUCAACACCAACACUUGGUGGGAACCCGGCGUGUACGAGGAAGUUACCCGUGAAGGGUGGAAACACUGGAUUGUCCGAGAAUACUUGCCAGCCGAUAACGUACCAAUCAACGGCCUGUCCGUUUUCUCAUCUAGCGUCGGUAAACCUACAUUCAAAUCCAAGUUCGAGGCCGCUUUCAGAGCCUUCAAGUCCAAUGCCUGGCGAUGCACUUCUGAUGACGAUACUACUCAUUUCCAGAUGACCGGAAUUUAUUUUUCCAACGACGACGGAUGGUCAAACGUCCUAGAUUUGACUUGGUCCUGA